AUGGAAAGGGAAAAAUUGCUGUACGAAAAAAUAUACCCCGCGAUUAAUGCACACAGAUUUCACUACAAUCGAUUAUGCAGUGAAAAAAAUAUCCAAUCGAUUGUUGGAGAGAAAAAAUUAAAGGAUAGUCACCAUGUGGUCAUACUUAGCAGUAACUUCCAGACGAAAAAAACGAAAGCAAACGAUAGACAAAGGAAGGCAAACAUUCUGCACUUGUCAGAAAAAGGAAAGUUAUUUGUUUCUUUUAUUUUUCGGUGGAAAGAAAAAGAGUUGGAAGAGAGAGCUCAUUACUUAAAACAACUAUCCACAAAUGCAGUUAUCCAAACUUUGGAUUUUUAUCAUAUCAAGUUUAACAUAAACGGCGGGGAAGGUAUGCCAACUGGAGGUAGGCAAAUUGGCGGCUGCUUCGUGGAUGUCCAUUUUGUGGAAAGAGAAACUCCAGCCUCCACCCGAAUUUGUUCCUCCUCCUCAGGAGAUCACCAAUCAGUCUACAUCGUGACGGACAUAGAAAUUGACGCCGACUUGCUACGGCCUCCAAGUGAACAAAAACGGAGUAGUGAAUCCAACAGGAGAAAGUUAAGACAGGGUUCACGUUAUCAUGUCACUACCCCACCCAUGGUAGAAAAAGUUAUUGAAAAACUGAUAGAAAAAUUCUGUGCCCUUAUGAAUGACCUGCUCUCUCAUGGGUACCCAACUCUGCAGGAAUGUGCACAACGACCCACUUUGCGUAUAUUUGGCGAAUGA